UGCCGGUGAUAGAGAGCAGCGCGCGCGCUCCGCACCGACCGUCAACUAACCCGCACUAACUAGCCCGCACUAACUAACCCGCACUAACUAACCAGUCGGUCCACGGACGACUCGAGUUACACACGGGAGCUAACGGCUAGCGGCGGCCUGACGGUGAGCGGCUCCCGGGUCUGUCACGGAUCGUGACCGAGUAACGGAGGGUCACCUGGUUAGCAGCUAACAGGUGGAUUGGACCGAGGGGACUGUCAGUGAAGUUGUGUUAUGAUGGAGGAGCUUCACGACGUCCAGCUGACGGAGAUCAAACCCCUCCUGACGGCACAGAACGGGAGAAAUCUCCAGGACUUUGACUGUCAGGAGCACGAUGUGGAGACGGCCCACGGCGUGCUGCACGUGACCAUGAGGGGCGUGGCUAAGGGCAACCGACCCACAAUCCUCACCUACCAUGACAUCGGACUGAACCAUAAGUCUUGUUUCAACAGCCUGUUUAACUACGAGGACAUGCUGGAAGUGACUCAGCAUUUCUCAGUUCUGCAUGUCGAUGCUCCAGGUCAGCAGGAGAACGCUCCCAUAUUCCCUACCGGGUACCAGUACCCCACCAUGGACGAGCUGGCUGAGAUGCUACCAUCUGUCCUCACACAGCUUCAGGUGAAGAGUGUGAUCGGUAUCGGGGUCGGAGCUGGAGCUUACGUACUCGCCAAACUGGCUCUGAAUGAGCCAAGUCUGGUGGAGAGUUUAGUUCUGAUCGACAUUGACCCCUGUGCCAAAGGCUGGAUGGACUGGGCUGCCUCUAAGCUGAGCGGCUGGACCAGCAACCUGGUGGACCUCAUCAUGGGACACCACUUCAGCACCGAAGAGUUAACGGAGAAUAAGGAGAUCAUCCAGACAUACAGACUGCACAUCUCUCAGGAUAUACCACAGGGCAACCUGGUCAUGUUCUACAGCAGCUACGACAGUCGUACUGAGUUGCAGAUGGAGCGGCCGGUCGUGGGUCUGAAUGAAAACACAGUCACCACACUCAGGUGUCCUGCUCUGCUGGUGGUUGGAGACACGUCUCCUGCUGUUGAUGCCGUGGUGGAGUGUAACUCCCGACUGAACCCGACGAAGACCACCCUGCUCAAGAUGGCGGACUGUGGAGGACUUCCUCAGGUGGUGCAGCCUGGGAAACUAGCAGAGGCCUUCAAGUAUUUUGUGCAGGGGAUGGGCUACAGUGAGUAUUGGCACUUUAACACAAACAGUAACACACACCGACACAUACACAAAGAAAAACGAACUAUAACACGUGAUGUUGUUUUUAUCCGACAUGUUGGUCUUUGUCUCUGUGUUUCUGUCGACAUGAUUCUGUUUUAUACAAACUGCUCAGUGAACAGCUGUGUGUGUUUUGUGUGUGUGUGUGUGUGUUUGUGUUCUGCUUUUAAAACUACAGUUGUUCCUAAACCUGUCCUCCUUCUUCUUCUUCUUCUUCUUCUUCUUCUUCUUCUUCUUCUUCUUCUUCUUCUUCUUCUUCUUCUUCUUCUCAUCUCUCACUCUUUGUCUCCUUCAGUCCCUCAUGUUGUAUUAAACCACCUGAGCAACCAAUCAGGUAUCAGGAUUUCAACCACAAUCCAAAACCCUGCACUCCCCUGAGCUCUGUCCAUUUCCAUCCUUGUUUCUAGUUCCUGUUAGUUUCCUGUCUGUCUGUCUGUCUGUCUGUCUGUCUGUCUGUCUGACUGUCUGUCUGUCUGUCUGUCUGUCUGUCUGUCUGUCUGACUGUCUGUCUCCAUUCACACUGCUGACUCAGAUAAUGAGUGAAUUAUCAUUUUUGGGUGAACUAUAAUUUAAAUAACUGACUAUUUCAGAUAUUUUUCAAACUAAAACCUCAGUUUCCUUCCUGCUCUUCAUCUUUAUGACAGUAAAUUCAAUAUGUUUGGAUUCUGGUCAGUUGCUCUAAAUAAGAGGCACAAUAAAUGAAUUUUCUUCUUCUUGUCUUAAACCUCCAUUUUCCUCAGAACGUUAAAAUAAAGGAAUGGAAGGUCACUUGACUGUAGACCAGCUCCCCCUAGUGGCUCCUGGUCAGACCACAACCUGAUGUUGAGAAAUCUGGGGCUGAACAAACUUUGAUUUUCUUUUUCAUGAGGAAAUCAGAGGUGUUGUUUGUUCUGCAUCUCCCUCUAGUGGAGAGAACAGGUCAAUACUGUUUAUAUAGAAUUUAAAUACAUGACCAUUUACAACAUGAUAACAACCAACUCACUUCUGAUCCAGUUACUGACGUGUCUGUCGUUCACACUGAAACAAGAACGUUUUGAUCUUCAGUGUGAACGGAGCCUCAGACUCAUCGGGUUCAGAUCUGAAUCCAGCUGCUCGGCUGCAGUGAGGACGAUUCAGAUCACACACACACACACACACACACACACACACAC